AUGUUAAAGGUCACAACACCUGUUUCAAGAUCAACUAAUGUUCGAUAUGUUCAUCCUUUAAACAUCCCAAAGUCUGCUGAAGUGAGUUCGUCAAACGAAUCUGACCAUGCACUUCUUUCAUCCCGCAUGACUAAGGGUAUUUUCAAGAAACAGGAUAUAGGCUCGAAUCGAGGAAGGAUUCUAAGCGUAAUUGUACCAGUUGAUAAUCUUGGUUCUAUUAAGCAGGUAAUUCAAGAGAGGUGCCAAACAAGAGCUACAGAAGCUGAGCAUAAUUUGACUUGUACCUGGACAGAAGAUGGUGCAAAUCAUACUACUAUAAAGUCUCCCACAGGCAAGAUUGACCCAUCUUGUGAUGCUCUGAAUGACUUAUCAAAUUUUUUAGAAUUAUCCCCGCGAUCUUGCAAUAAAGAUCUUGCCACAUUAAAUUUCAUCCCAGGUAUUUGUGGAGACCAAAAUCUUGACAAUGAUAUCACUGAAGUUUUAUUUGAUGACAACGAUCAGACCAUGUCCAUUCUUUCCGACAGUGGUGAGAUUCUUCCUUUGGUUGAUGGAGAACAUACCAAUCCUUGUGAAGGGAAAGUUAAUUCUAAAACAAAUCUUUCAUGUGUUAUACAAGCAGGGCAAGAAGCUAUUAAUAAUUCUGUUAUGAAUACUCUUCUUAAGCCAUAUGGACCUAGUAAAACAUGA